AUGCUCCCCCAAAACCCUGACACGAAAGAACCCUACAUCCCCCUCCACGCACCUUACGACAAGAUAAUUCUUACCCCGCCCCGGAUCCCAAGCAAUGGCGACAGCACUGGAGACAGCGACAACAGCAACAACUUUGAAAGAGACAAAGCAGUCCUAGUCUCCACCCUGAAUCAUCCAGCCGUGUACCCCAACCUCGUGGGGCCGCCGUAUCCUUACCUUUCCGAGCAUGCGGAUAGGUUUCUGCGGGAGGAGUGGGCGGCGUCGAUGCAGUUGUUUCCUCUUUUGGGUUAUGGUUAUGGAGGUGUUGAUGGGACUGUGCCUGAGAAGGAAAGCGGUGGGAAAAGAAAUAAGCUCGUGGGCGGCUGUCCGUUCAUCUGUAUCAGAAUGAUACAAAAAGAAGCAGAAAUAAAAGAUAUCCUAAUUGGAACCCUCCGUAUCUCCCGGUGGAGAUUUUCAGAUCUCCCCUCCACCGAGGCAAAAGAGGCUCAGGAGGAGAAUAAUCUGUUGAAUGUUGGGGAUGAGAGGAUUAUAUGGGAGAUUGGAGAUAUACUUUCCCCCUCUCAUCAUGGAAAAGGGAUAAUGACAGCCGUCGUCCACGCGCUUAUCCAUGACUUUGCCGUACCCUAUAUGAAUGCCCGGACCAUCAAGGCUACCACCUAUGUCGAGAAUAAGGGCAGUGCGCGCGUAUUCGAGAAGAACGGGUUCAAGUGUCAGUGUACGCUGGAGGACUGGGCUGAUGUCCCCCAGAAUCGGGGUGGAGGAAAGAGGUCGAUUCAUGUCUAUGUUUGGAAAAGAGAUGAAGAGUAGAUUUAAAUUAUAUCUGCCACUAUACGUACCGGA